UUUAGUGUUGUUAAUAUUAGAUAUUUCUCACAUCAAAACUGCUGUUGCCUGAGAUACCCAAACUAGAUUUCAUCAUUACAAAAAAUUAGUGAAAUUUAUGCACAAGAGGGUAUUGCUCAGUAAUUCUUUGAUAAUGUUCUUUCGCCAUUGACUGUGUAUUCAAAGAAUAUACUAUCUGAAGAACGUGCAAGUUCAGUUGUUCCAUUAAUCUAACCUAUUUUAAGAAAUUAAUUUUGUGUUUAAGUUUAAAUAAAAAUGGCUUCUGAAGACACAUCUUGGACUACUUCAGCUUUUAGGCAAAGUGUUGUUGCAAAAAUUGAUGAAGCAAUUCGCUCUUCUGGCAUGAAUACAUCAAGGAACAGUAUGGACAUGGAAAAUCAUGUGUAUCUUAAGGCAAAGAAUAAAGAGGAAUAUUUAGGAUUUGUUGCAAGAUUAAUUUUGCACAUCCGUGAAAUGAAUAGCAAAAAGGCAAAUGGCAUGAAUACUGGACAGCAGCAAGGGGGACCUGGCAUGCCAGAUCCAAUCAAUGCUUUACAAAAUUUGGCCAGUCAAGGUACAAGGAAUCCUAUAAUGAAUGGAAUGAGAGGACAAACUCAAAUGGGUGGACCACAACAACCCUCUGCCACCAACCUAAUACAAACCUUAAACAGAGGCGGACCUGGAUGCCAGCAAAUGAUGCUGGGAAAUAUGCCAAUGCAGGGUGGACCAAAUAUGAAUCAAAACACAGGUCCUAUGGGCAAUCAAAUGGGCACUCAACAAAUGGGCCAACAGAUACAAACACAAUUGCCAAUGCCUAUGUCCAAUACGAAUGUAAAUCAACUACAGAAUCAAAUCAACAAUCAACUUGGAAAUCAAAUGCAAAAUCAAGUUCAAAAUCAGAUGGGCAAUCAAAUGAUUGGCCAAAUGCCUGUACAAAUUCAGAUGGGGGGAAAUCUAAAUAUGCAAGGGAAUAUGGCCAAUCAAAUGAUGGGCAAUACGAAUCAGAUGAAUCAGUCGCGACCUCCGAACAUGAUGUUAAUACCGGGAGCCUCGCCGAACUUCCGUCCUCAAAAUCCCCAACAGAUAUUCAAUCAGUCGCCGUCGCCAUCGGUGCAAUCUCCUGCCGGACUGGUCGGACAACCACCAGUCGCUUCACCCGCACUUGCCCCCAGUCCUGGUUCUCAGAUGUGUAUCGGUCCCCCACGAUCCGUUGGCAUGGCACCGAGUCCUGGUGGUUCGUUGAACACGCCUGGUCAGCCUAACCCAAGCCCCAUGGGCGUGAUUGGUCAAGAUGAACAGGCCUAUAGGGACAAGGUCAGGCAACUUAGCAAGUACAUCGAACCACUUCGAAAGAUGAUCGCGAGGAUUGGGAGCGAUGGUAAGGAUUUGGAGAAAAUGAGUAAAAUGAAAAAACUCCUCGAAAUCCUCUCGAAUCCAAGUCAACGUAUGCCACUCGAUACCUUGUUGAAGUGCGAGGUUGUGUUGGAGAAGAUCGAUUUUAAACGAGGUGAUAGCAGUGUACCGGCUGCAACAACGCAUUUGCCGUUCAAAGAAUUGAAUCCAUUGUUGGAAGCUGUGAGUAACAAUCUCAGUAGUCCAGUUAUCAACCACACAUUGCAUAGGACUUUUGGACCUACAUUAGAUGCUUUGUUUGGACCUGAAAUUAAGUUGGUUCCUCCAUUAAAGAAAGUAAAACUUGAAGAGCCUACAAGUGAUAUCCCUGACGUUCUUCAAGGGGAAAUUGCUCGACUAGACCAAAGAUUUAAAGUUUCUUUGGACCCCAAUCAACAACCUGGAUCAAAAUCCAUUCAUCUGACAUGUUGGCUUGAUGACAAACAUUUGCCAUGUGUACCACCAGUUUCACUUAUCGUACCAGAAGAUUAUCCUAAGACGGCACCGUCAUGUAAUAUGGCUGCACAUGAAUACAAUGCCACUCAUUUUUUAUCUACUGUUCAGAACGCAUUGUUGGCGAGAAUUAAAAAAUUGCCGAAACAUUUUUCCGUUUCACAGCUGCUGGACACAUGGGAAAUGAGUGUUAGACAAGCGUCUUCACCUAAUGCUUCUACGCAAGUUUCUUCCACUGCCAUUCUUAUGGGACUGUAAUUUUUAUUAUGUGUUUUAAAUUACAUUAUUUGUAUUCAAUGUUAUUAAUUAAGUUUGUAAAUAUUAUUAAAUAUCUAUUUUAAUUUAGUUUUUUAAAUAAAUAAACACUUAUAGAACCAAUA